GGGGGGGGGGGGAGGAGGGCGGUGCCCCUUCCGCCAUCAGGUAGGCGCGGGCACAACGUGACAGAGGCGCCACUGUUCGUGUGCGCGCGCGUGCACAGGUGGCCAGUCGCUCGGAGGUCGUGGAAAGUGGGGAAGUGGCCCGCUCUUCUUCCUCUUCUUCUUCUUCUUGUUCUGUUUUUCUUUCGGUGCUCGGCGGGCGGCGAUGUUCAGUUGGGUGAGGCAGGAGCAAGGCGGCCGCAACAAGGAGGGCGAGAUGUACCAAACGGUGACCGAGGGUCUGCAGAGCCUCUACAGCAAGAAGCUGCUGCCGCUGGAGGAGACUUACCUCUUCCACGACUUCCACUCGCCCGCCCUGGAGCCGGCCGACUUCCAGAGCAAGCCCAUGGUGCUGCUGGUGGGCCAGUACUCCACCGGGAAGACCACCUUCAUCAGGUAUCUUCUGGAGCAGGACUUCCCGGGCAUGCGGAUCGGACCCGAGCCCACCACGGACGGCUUCAUCGCGGUGAUGCACGGCGACAGCGAGGGCGUCGUCCCCGGCAACGCCCUGGUGGUGGACCCCAAGAAGCCCUUCAGGAAGCUCAACGCCUUCGGAAACUCCUUCCUCAACAGGUUUAUCUGCUCUCAGAUGCCCAAUCAGGUUCUGCAGAGCAUCAGCAUCAUCGACACGCCGGGGAUCCUCUCCGGAGAGAAGCAGCGCAUCAGCAGAGGUUACGACUUUGCCGAGGUUCUGCGUUGGUUUGGCGAGCGAGUGGACAGAAUCAUCCUGCUGUUCGACGCCCACAAACUGGACAUCUCGGACGAGUUCUCUGAGGCCAUCCGAGCCCUCAAAGGACAAGACGACAAGAUCAGGGUGGUCCUCAACAAGGCGGACCAGGUGGACACGCAGCAGCUGAUGCGCGUGUACGGUGCCCUCAUGUGGUCCCUGGGGAAAGUGAUCAACACUCCGGAGGUGGUGCGGGUGUAUCUGGGUUCCUUCUGGGCCAAACCUCUGCAGAACACAGAGAACAGACGUCUCUUCGAGGCCGAGUCGCAGGACCUCUUCCGGGACAUCCAGAGUCUUCCGAGGAACGCGGCGCUCCGGAAACUCAACGACCUCAUCAAGCGGGCCAGGCUGGCAAAGGUGCACGCGUACAUAAUCAGCCACCUGAAGAAGGAGAUGCCGUCGCUGUUCGGCCGGGAGAAGAAGAAGGAGGAGCUCAUCGCGAGGCUGCCGGAGAUCUACGCCAUCCUGCAGAGGGAGCACCACAUCAGUCCUGGAGACUUCCCCAACGUCACCAAGAUGCAGGACAUGCUGCAGCACUACGACUUCAGCAAGUUCCCGUCGCUGAAGAUGAAGCUGAUCGAGUCGGUGGACAAGAUGCUGGCGUCCAAGAUCGCCGGGCUGAUGGCGAUGAUCCGCGAGGAGGAGUCCAAGGCGCCGCCCGCCAUGGUCUCGGGCGGCGCCUUCGAGGGCGCCCAGGACGGGCCCUUCGGCCGCGGCUACGGCGAGGGCAUCGGCGCCGGCGCCGACGCCGAGGACUGGAUCGUGAGCCGGGACAAGCACCGCUACGACGAGAUCUUCUACACGCUCAUGCCCGUCAACGGCAAGAUCAGCGGCGUCAACGCCAAGAAGGAGAUGAUGAACUCGCGGCUGCCCAACACGGUGCUGGGGAAAAUCUGGAAGCUGGCCGACUGCGACCGGGACGGCAGCCUGGACGACGAGGAGUUCGCGCUGGCUCAGCACCUCAUCAAGGUCAAACUGGAGGGUUACGAGCUGCCCGCCGAACUGCCCCCGCACCUGGUGCCCCCCGCCCACCGCAAGCACCCCGACGCCGAGGCCGAGUACAACCACGACCGAGACUAGACGCUCGAAAGCGCUUGCCCGCUGAUGCUAACCAACAUAUCACACAUGCUUUUUAUUUGCUACGCUAAUCACAAAAAGUCGGCAGUUUUGGGCUUUCGGCCGUCAACCGCAAAGCAUUCGCCAUUCUGCUGAUUUUUUUUUGGGGGGGGGGGGGGCCAUCGUCUGGUAUUCGCCGAAAAUCUCGCUUCGUCACUGUUUCGGUGCUCGGACCGAAGCCGCGUCUCAUAUAAAAAUAUUGCGUCGGCGCCACGUGGUGGCAUCUCGGUGCCAGGGGGCCGUUGAAGUGGGUUGAGGAGCUUCAUUUCGACAAAAAUAGUGCUUUGCCACCAUCUUGUGGCAUCUACAGGCACCUUUUUAGGGGCGCUUCAAUUGCUCGCGACUUUUUGCUAUGAAGUGAGCGUCGUUUCGUUAGGCCGAAGCUUUGCCGCCAUCUUGUGGCACCUAUAAGCAAUUAACUCCUUCACGCAGACAUUUGCCCGACAUCCGCCAUUCGCUCUUUGAAUUGCAUCCUCAUUUGUCACCGUCACACCUUCCACUAGCAACUGCGACACGUACCGUUUCGUACCGUUUCAUACGUCGGUCGAGUUCGAGGUGCCCAAACUCGUGCGACUUCCGUCUUGGCAUUUCUCGCGCUCGGUAAUCGAAGCAACGAAAAGCUGCGAUUCAGCGCCUCGUCUUCCUCUUCGACUUAAAAGCUGCGCUGAUCUGAAAUCCCGAGUGAUGCGCCGGCGCCAUCUGCUGGCCUGGCGUUGUCAUUUCCGUGGUAUACAAACCGGAAUAGUGGCGGGAGUUGGCUCCUUGUUAUCGAAGCAAGCAAGUUGUGCAAAACGUCAAAACGUAUCGAAACAUUGAACAGUUCGACGUGCAUUCAAAAGUUUACUCGAGGUCAAAUUUAGUUGACCUGCAAAGCUCGAAAGAAGUUCACUUGUAAAUGUUAGCAUCAAUUCCACGCCAAAGCGCCAAAUGAGACCCUUUUUGCGAGUUGUGUUAAGUGUCGCCCCGAUGAUUCAUUCGGUCCAUUUCACUUUUAUUUGAAGACGCCAAUGGAUUUUAGUGCCUUGUUUAAUUUGUCUUCUUCCCAUGAAGAGACCGCCGCCUCUUGGAGUUCUUUGAGGAAGUGCAUUCAUCACGUCCGUCCGUGCCUUCUUGCUGCCUCUGGCCAAAGAUCGGCGAUGUACGCAGUAAGAGAUUUGAUGGCGUGAAAUAAAAUGUCAAAUCUUUACUAGCCUGA